UGGCAGGCAGCGGUGGUCAGUGCCAGGCACGAUGGGCUCCAUCUGGGGCCUGGCUGUGCCUCUCCUUGUCUUCUGCUGGAAGGCUGGAGUCAGUGUGAGCUCUCCAGGCCUCAGCAUUAGAAGAUCAGUUCCUUUGGUGACUACCAACAACACGGAAGUGCACACCUUUACUCAAAGGGACAGGCCCAGCUCAGAGAGAGCUUUCCAGACCACCAACCUGACUCAGUAUGUUCCUCUAGACACACAAACUAUCAGCACUGAAACUGCUUCUAACACCGUAAUCACAACCAGUUCAGAGGUCAAUUCCAGGGACACCCAGACCACCUCUUUUAUAACAAAGACCAGGAAGACACAUGCUACCACCCCUGCAGCAGCAUCCCUAGAGACCCAGACCACCUCUCCUAAUGUGUCAACCCUGAAUAAUCAGACCACCUCCCCAACAGCAUCGUCCCUGGAUGCCCAGUCCACUUCCCCGGCACCAUCAUCCCUGACCACUUCCCCUGCACCAUCAUCUCUGACCACUUCCCCUGCACCAUCAUCUCUGACCACUUCCCCUUCACCUUCAUCUCUGACCUCUUCCCCUGCACCUUCAUCUCUGACCACUUCCUCUGCACCAUCAUCUCUGACCACUUCCCCUGCACCAUCAUCUCUGACCACUUCCCCUGCACCUUCAUCUCUGACCACUUCCUCUGCACCAUCAUCUCUGACCACUUCCCCUGCACCAUCAUCUCUGACCACUUCCCCUGCACCUUCAUCUCUGACCUCUUCCCCUGCACCAUCAUCUCUGACCACUUCCCCUGAACCAUCAUCUCUGACCUCUUCCCCUGCACCUUCAUCUCUGACCACUUCCCCUUCACCAUCAUCUCUGACCUCUUCCCCUUCACCUUCAUCUCUGACCACUUCUCCUUCACCUUCAUCUCUGACCUCUUCCCCUUCACCUUCAUCUCUGACCACUUCCCCUUCACCUUCAUCUCUGACCUCUUCCCCUUCACCUUCAUCCCUGAUCACUUCCCCUGCAUCAUCAUCUCUGACCUCUUCCUCUGCACCAUCAUCCCUGGAGACCCAGACCAUCUUGCCUGUUGAAUUGAUCCUAAAGACCCAGACCAUUUCCUCUGUGACAGAGACCAGAACUCUUUCCAUAAGAAUACCUUCCAACUUCAUGGUUGUGCACACCAUCCCUACAGAGACAUUGGCACCAAGCAACAGCCCCACUACUGGAAUGAGCACUGUCAAAACUGGCCCAGUGAGGGACCCCAUAGAAGCCAUCUUUGACACCCUUUGUACUGAUGACAGCUCUGAAGAGGCAAGGAAGAUCACGGUUGACCUCCUGACUUUGGCACACACCUCCACGGAAGAGGAGCACCCGUCUUCAGAGAGCAGCUCCUCCUCUGACAGCUCAGCUGGGGUUCUCAGCAGCUCGUGGGUCCUGGGACCCGACAGUGCAACUUCAGCCAAGGGCUUGGUUGCCUUCAGCAUCACCCAUAUUAAACUCACCACCUGCAUCACAGAAAUAGAAACAACAAUCACCAUCUCUGGGACCCCAGACACGAGCCACAGCCCUACAGAAGUGACGACAGCCUUGUCCACUUCUGAGAUGUUAACUUUGCCUCCAUCCACUGAGGCAACACCAAUUAUCCCUAAGACCACAAGCUCACCUGCGAUCCUGUCAACCGCCAGCACCCCAGCCCUUGCCACCACCCUUGAGGGUACAGUCCCCACCAGUGGAAUCACAGAAAGCAAAACAGCAGUGGCCCAGACUCUCACCUCUGUUGGAACUUCCAUGACGGUGAGAAGGAACCCACUGGAAGACACUUCAGCACUCUCUACUGAGACACAAAGCCACACUGAGGAUUUGGGCAAUUCAACCAACAGCUCCUUCCUCACAGGGAGUCGCCCUCCUUUUUUAAGCAAUUCAACUACAGCUAGCGCCAGCAAAAAAACAAACAUCACCUUAACCAAGACCACAGCCUCACCAAAGCCCCUAACAAAUUCCACAACAACUGAAUCCACUGCUUGGACAAGGAAAACCACAAAACAUGAUCCAGGUGAAGAUGGAGGCUUCCUCCUUGUACGGCUGACUGUGGCGUCCCCUGAGGACCUCACUGAGCACAAUGCCAGAGAGAAGCUGAUGUACAAGCUCCGCUGUGAACUGCACACCCACAUGCCACUUGUCCAAGUGUCCUUACUGAACAUCAGAAGGAGUUGAAGAAUGCUAGCUGCAACCAGGCAUGGCCUCUGUGCCAGAAGAAGAGUGAUGCCACCGGUGGCCCCGAUGCUACCAACAGACCAAGACCACGGUUCUGUGCUACGGACUCAGAAAGUUCCCAUGAAGGUCAGCUGGCUCGAGAGCCCGCCCCCAUACCUGGACAAGACCUUGGUCCACUUAUGCCUUCGUGUACAUGCAAGGGGAGAGGUUGGCCUGUUUCCAGUGAUGUCCUUCACCUUCUCUGACUGGUUACUGUAUUUCAGUAAAGGGAGACCUGAUCACUCACCUGUGCUCUUCUGUUUUGAACUCAACGACCCUCAUCGUGACCUCAGAGGUUAUCUGUAUGAA